AUGCAGUUCAAGACUCUCCUCAUUGCCUCUCUUACCGGUCUCGCUGCCGCUGUCCCAACCAGCACCAGCGAUGCCAAGAAGACCGAGAGCUCUCCCGUCCCCAAGACCUUUGGUCUGAUGGCUCUCCGCUCCGGCAGCCCCAUUCACUUUGCCAGCUUUAGCGCUACUGAGAGCGGCUUUGAACUCUUGCUCCCCAAGGGCAAGCAGGGCGCCAAGUGUGCCAAUGGCAAGAAGGAGGACACAGCUACUUUCCGCCUGAGCAAGAAUGAUGAGCUAGUCUUGUACAACACUGGCAAGAAGCAGCAAAUUGCCUACACUGACCGAUCAGGAAUGGGCCAAGGUGUUCUUCAGUACACUGAUUCCGGCUCUUACGGUCGCAACUCAGAGACAAAGGGCUGGAAGGUUGACAAGUCUGGAGACCUCUUCUUUGGUAGCAACAAUGCUGCUUUCAUGGCCUGCCCCGGUCAGAAGGAGAGCGACCCUUGGAGUGUUUGGGUUGCUACUGGUACCUCGCACCCUGGUUACAACGAGAAGGAGUGCCUUGGUUUCAACGCCCGCGUCGUUGAGAUUAAGAAGCCCGUUAGCUGCGUCUACUCUCAGUACAGCAACUAG